AUGGACCAACUGAAGCCAAGUCUUGUAAACUCUUGCCCUCUCACCCCUGUAACCUUCCUGGCAAGAGCUGCAACUGUUUAUGGUGAUUACCCUUCACUUGUCUACAACACUACCACCUACACGUGGACACAGACCUACCGUCGAUGCCUCCAACUGGCAUCAUCACUUUCAUCUCUCGGUAUCAAGACUGGCCACGUGGUAUCCGUUGUGGCCCCCAACAUUCCACCUAUGUACGAGCUCCACUUCGCAGUCCCCAUGUCUGGAGCCAUCCUUAACACCAUUAACACAAGGCUGGACGCCCUCACCGUAUCAUCAAUCCUGCAACAUAGCGAGUCAAAGCUCGUCUUUGUUGACCACAUUUUCAGCUCUCUCAUCCUGGAAGCCGUCUCUUUGUUCCCGCCUAAUACUGAAACCCCCCGUCUUGUUCUUGUGAAUGAUGAAGACACCUCAGCAUCAACCCUAAUUGGUUUCAUUGAUACUUAUGAAAACAUGGUAAAAAAGGGUAAUUCUGAGUUCAAGUGGAUUGAGCCAAAGAGUGAAUGGGACCCUAUGGUUUUAAACUACACAUCUGGCACAACUUCUUCUCCAAAAGGUGUGGUCCUUUCUCACAAGGGCCUGUUCGUUGCCACCAUUAAUUCACUUAUUGAUUGGUCAGUAUCGAAUCAGCCAGUCUACUUGUGGACCCUGCCAAUGUUUCAUGGCAACGGGUGGUGCUAUACUUGGGGUAUGGCUGCCGUCGGUGCAACCAACAUUUGCCUCCGUAAAAUUGACGUAUCAACGAUCUACACUUUGAUUAAAAAACAUAAGGUGACAUACAUGUGUGGUGCACCGGUAGUGCUCAAUAUGCUAUCAAACUAUCGGAAUGCUGAACGUAUUGAACAUCCUGUCCACAUUCUUACUGGCGGCGCUCCACCACCAGCGCCUGUCUUUUUAGAAUCUGGAGUAAGUGUUAAACGAGAUGGGUUAGCGUGUGGCGAGCUCGUUUUACGAGGAGGGUCUCUCAUGUUAGGCUAUCUUAAAGAUCCGAAAACUACAUCCAAAUGCAUGAAAGAUAAUGGUUGGUUUUAUACUGGAGAUGUGGCUGUAAUGCAUCCGGAUGGUUAUGUAGAGAUCAAAGAUCGAUCAAAGGAUGUAAUUAUAAGUGGUGGAGAAAACAUAAGCAGUGCUCAGGUUGAAUCCGUAUUGUAUUCUCAUCCUAUGAUUAAUGAAGCAGCCGUGGUGGCUCGACCGGACCCGUUUUGGCAGGAGACGCCAUGCGCUUUUGUAUGUUUGAAGAAUGACUUCUUGGCAAGUGAACUUACUGAGAAGGAGAUAAUAGACUUUUGCAGGGCGAGGUUGCCGCACUACAUGGUUCCGAAGACUGUCGUCUUCAAGAGAAAGCUUCCUAAGACCGCUACAGGGAAAAUUAAGAAAUUUGUGCUCAGAGAAAUGGCCAAGAAAAUGUUUUAUUCACGUAUUUAG